CUCUUUUCAUGUUAUCUACACCUCCUCAAUCUCUUAUCUUUUAUUUAGAUAUCACUUGCAGCUCUACAUUAGUACUACCAGAAGAUAGUAUAUGCACAACUAUCUUCUCUCCAGACUACGUUUUCUUUUUUGGAAAUGCCUCAACACCGCCGAAGAGUUGUAUCUUGCCCGACGUGUCGCCGUCUCAAGACACGAUGCGAAGUACCCAUUGGCUCAGCUGUCUGUAGUCGUUGCAAAGCCUUGAGAAUACCUUGCGAGCUUCCCCAUAGCGCACAUCGCGUCACCCAGACCUUCAUAAGCCCCGACGGUCCCGACUCCAGGACUCCGCCUAGGCUUGUUGAAGCAUGCAAUUGCGAAGAAAGGCUUACUGCCCUCGAGUCUGAACUGGCGGAGUUGCGCUGCGCUGUGCGCAAGCUAAGCCAAGCCACGACCUCUUGCGCACCACGAACUGCAUCAAGUAAUCAAGAUACCACAACCUCAGUCCCAGAAAUAACUACUGUCUCUCAUGAUAGAGUUGAGGAUCAUACAGCUACAGCCAGGCUUGAUCCACCAGUCGCCCCAGUUCGUGUCAUUCGAAAGAUGUAUACCUGGAUCAACGGCAACCCCGAAAGUCCCAGGGACAGCGUUGAGCUACCUGAGCCGAUCAGGGCGAAAUUAGGCUCAAAUGGACUGGGCUUGCGUUUGAUUGAAACAUCCAGGAAGAAUAUCCCUCGACUGCACUUCUUACAAGGGACCAUCGACAAAGCCUUAGGUGGAGAGUAUAACCUUCUCUCUGUGACCUGCUUGCUUGCAGGGAUGCAAACCAACCCUUCUAUCACCAGCACAGAGCUUCACACGUCGCUCUACGGAGUACAUAAAUCUGGGCUGGCAAGGAUCGCGCUCGAGUCUCCUCUGGGCCUGCCGUCCCUCUACGCGAUGCUUCUGACAUGUGUUUUCAAUUUGACUCUUGGCUACUCUGAUAGUUUUAUCGAUACAUGGCUCUUGAGCGGCUCGCUCAUCCUUCACCUCAUGCUCUCGUUGGACUUCACUGUCCCACAGCAGCAAGCGCCCUCGUCGUUACGUUACACCGAGGACGAUAAAAGACGGAUAUUGACCUGGAAUUCUGCAUGUCUUCAACAUCUCAAGUUUACUAUCGGUGUAGGGAAGCUCUCGGCUGUGCGAAUGGACCUAGCAGCACAUUACAUCGACAUAGUCAAGCACGCAGACGGUUUCAACGAGUCAGACAAAGAAGUUGUCGCCGAACUCGAGCUUUUCAUAUUGCUAUAUCGAGGCAUUGUCGAGGAGCAUGUCUCAGCAAAGCAACUCCAAAGCGAUCUCUCACAAUGGCACACCACCAGCGUCAAAUUGCUUCACCUCGAUGAGAGUCUGGAGUUGAAGUUCGCCCUCUCGACAUUCAGCUUACUCGCCAACAGAUGGGAACUGUCCCAGCUACGGCAAGAAGAAAUCGAAAACGCCCGUGAGAAUGCGAUGUAUGAUCAGUAUAUUGAGCCCAUAUUGAAACAAAGUCACCAAAUUAUACGAUUCUCAAGGGAAAUGACUAAGCAGAAGAGGGUCAUUCACACCUUCGACUUUCUUAUGGGAGCUUACGCACAUGUCACGCUGGUUGAGUUUUCGGACCAUCUCGAGGACAUUGAUAAAACGUUUCGUCUAAUGAAGGAUGUGCAGAAUCUUCGACAGGGUACUUAUGUUUUUGAACCAGUAUCUAGCUGGGCUAUGAACAUGAUGAGGAAACGGGUUUUCGAUACGGUGCGACCAGAGAUGAAUGCACAGACAGAAGCAUGGCCUGGUCGAGAAGUGUGGUGGCCGCCCUUUGAAGCUCUGAGUACCAGAAUGGAGUAUACAUCAACUGAAGUAAGCGAGCUGGAUCAACAGUAAGAUUAUUUGGCAAUAGAAUAUUCUAGUCUGGACACCAUUGUACCGGUUCAAAUGACUAGAUAGAUCAUUCAUGACUUGAGUAAAC